AUGAAGCUGGGUGGCCGUGUAUGGGAGGGUCGGUGGAUUGGGUUUGAUGAAACAAGCAAUGGAUCCUGCAUCUACUGGCCAGAGAGCAAAAUGGUGUCCAUUGAGCAAAACAUCUAUUUUGACAAAUCUCAUGCCCCUGCUGAUGAUCUCGAGGGGGAGGAAGAUAUUGAGUUACGCGAGAUCCUGUCAACACCAAAAGCUCAGCCCAACCUGCCUACUGUGAAACCACCACAGACGAUGCCUAACCCUGAAGCCCAGCCUACUGUUCAACCCGUAGUUGAAGAAACCUGUUCCCAAUGCACUCGAAAGCCUAGCCAGUGGGUGUUGGACCUCAUCUCUGGCAAAGGUAGUGUGUCAGCAUGCCAGAGUGACCCUGUAGUACCCAUUGGUGUUCAGUUACCAGCCAUCAACAAAAACGACGUACCUCUUGAGUUUGAGGGGGAAGGAGAGGCAGAUUGGUUGAUGUUACUUGAGGAUGCAGAAUUCCUUGAGGAGUACACCAUGGCCAUUUCAGUGGCUGAUGCUGAGGCAUUAGUGUUACGUGUAUCCAACUUCUCACAGUACUAUUUAUAG